AUGAGCCAUCUUCAACAGAUAGAUCAUUUGACGAGCACGAGGCGUUGCCCGCGUGUUGCAGAGCGCACCCCGUCGGCGCCUGAGUUCCCCGUGCUGGUGCUGGUGCUGGCCGAGUCGCUCGAGUGGAGCGCCGGCGCCGCCUACGACGGUUGCGCCCUCGCUUCCUACGGCAACGUCCUCGUCAUCACCUUCAACUUCCGGCUCGGCGUGCUCGGCUUCCUGUCGCCGCCGGACUCGCGCGAGGCGCACGGCAACUACGGGCUGUGGGACGCGAUCGCCGUGCUGCAGUGGGUGCGCGACAACGCCCGCGCCUUCGGCGGCGACCCGGGCAACGUGACGCUGCUGGGCCACGGGCCCGGCGCCGCCCUCGCCGCGCUGCUGCUGCUGUCGCCCGCCGCCGGCGCACCGCCGCCCGCCCCCGCCGCCGACGACGCCCACGCCGGCGGCGCCGCCGCCGCCCACCACAACAUAUUUAAAUCAAUGAAGAACAAAAAAAAUGUACAUUUACUAACCCGUCAUCAGAUCAUAAAAUUGAAACAUAUUAAACUGAAUGGAAAAAAUACUUCUGAGAGGGAAUACAGGUUUCUUUUCAUUAAGCAUUAUUAUCAUAUUAUUACAAUAAUAAUAAUAAUAAUAAUAAUAAUUAUUAUUAUUAUUAUUAUUAUUAUUAUUAUUAUUAUUAUUAUUAUUCAAUUGCCCAGCCUCAAAAUAAAGUAA